AUGGCUCCCACGAAGGGCAACGUCCAAAAAGCACAACAAAAGGCUGCACGACGGGAACUGCAGCAGAAAAAAGCCGCAGCCAAAGAGCAAAAGAAAAAACAGAGAAAAGGCGAGGUAGACUGUGAUGAGACUCCAAUAGAAGUGUUGCUUCAGCAGUUGGAAGAAGAACAGCGGCAAAGACAAAUCAAUAAGACCCAAGCUGUACAGUGUGAACAACCGUCACCUAGGGCGCAUGCAUCUCUAACCCUCGUACCAAGUGGGGACUUCUUGCUUUUUGGUGGGGAGAGUUUUGACGGCAAGAAAGUCCGUGUCUUUGGUGACCUCUUCAAAUGGGAUAUGGACAAAGCUGAAUGGAAACGUCUCGAAGCCCCCGAAAUGCCGAAGGCACGCUGCUCUCACCAAGCCGUAUAUCACAAUGACGCACUGUAUAUAUUUGGAGGUGAAUUUUCGACGUAUUAUCAAUUCCAUCAUUUCAAAGACUUUUGGAAGUUUGAUCUGAAGACGAAUUUGUGGAGCAAAAUACUCGUCGAGUCCUCUACACAGGUUCCUUCACCUCGGAGCGGACACAGAAUGGUCGUUUGGCGUGGCCUAUUAGUUCUGUUUGGCGGGUUUCACGACACGGGGAGAGAUACACGCUACUACAACGAUUUAUAUAUAUUCAUCUUUGGCGAAAACAGAUGGCGGAAAAUAGAGUUUCCUCCUCAUGCUCACAUUCCGGAGGCCCGAGGCGGCUGUGUCUUUAUUGCUGUUGGAGAUGCGAUACUGCUUCAUGGUGGCUUCGCCAAGAUCAGAGACACUAACAAGCGUGUCCAGGGGAAGACAUUUACUGACUCGUGGCUCUUGGACUUGAAGCCUCUGGCUAAGGGAGCACGGACGCAAACUCCCAACUGGGAGAAAAUUAGAAAUGGCGGUACUCCACCCUCGCCGAGAACAGGAAUGUGCGCAACCGGAUACAAGUCUAGUGUUAUUGUUUUUGGCGGUGUCGCCGACCAAGAUGAUGGAGGGACAAACCUGGCAUCCGUGUUUUUCAACGAUCUUUAUUCGUUUGAUAUGACAAAGAGGCGCUGGUACCGGCUCGAGCUUAAGAAUGGAAAGAAGAAGAACCGCAAAAGGCAAUCUUGCGAGCAGCUUGAGAAAGCUGUAGGUCAACAGGACCUUGUGGAAGAGCAAAGCAACUGCGAAAACAACGCUGAUGAAGAAUCUUCUGACGGUGAAGAAAACUGGAAAGAAACAUUCGCUUACUUUGAUGCCAAAGGCCGCCUGGUGAAGCUACGUCUUCAGGACUUUUCGGAAGUGACACAGCCCUUUAUGCCUACUCAAGACGACGCCCCUAGGCGGAGAGAACCAGAUAAUGAAGCGGCAGUCCACGCGGCUUCUUUAGUUCGAGGCAACGAGAAGAAUGCCGACACAAAUGAGACCUUGUCCACUCUCUCUGAGAUUUAUGCAUGUGUGGAAGCACAUAACUCCUCCGACUGUCAUGAUACACAGACGCAGCUUAAUGGUUCCCAGGCUGCCACAAAGAUCGACGCAGCGCCACUGAGGGCAUUAGAAGCGCAAAAGACCCCGCCAUUGUUUUCGGCUGAUAUGCCGCUACCGCGUCUUCAUGGAAUGCUUUGCGUGCGUGGUUCGAACUUGGUCCUCAUGGGGGGCAUAAUGGAGCUGGGGAGCAAGGAGAUCACUUUAGAUGACUGCUGGACCCUCAAUCUAAAUAAGAGAGAUCGCUGGAUUCGAGUGCUGGAGGGCACUAUGCAUGAACAGGAAUGGCAAGGAGCAGACAGUGACCAUGAGAGCAGCAAUGAAAGCGACGGCGAUGUUAGCAGCAGCAGUGGUUCCAGUAGCUUGGAGAGCGAUGAGCUGGACGACGGAACAUCAGAGUCGGAUGAGGAAGUACCACGACGGCAAGGCAAUGUACAGCGGGUGCGACGUCGCGUGCAGGAGGAGAUACAGCAGCUGAGGGAGCAGUACGACCUUGACGACCCCCUGGAAACACCUGCACAGGGCGAGUGCCUAAGGGAUUUUUUCGAUCGCACACGAGCACACUGGAUUGAAAAGGUGUCUACUGCAGGGAACGUGGUGCGAAAUAGCAAGGAGCUGACGCGGGAAGCUUUUGAGGCUGCCUCAGCCCGCGUCUCGUUUAUCCGGGGACCACUGCACCGAAUAGACGAACUGCUACGACUAGAUGAAGAUCAAGCAGAAGAGCAUGAUUCGCUAAACGACAGACAUACGGGCCACGCACUUAAGCGCCACUAG